UUCUUUGUAAUAUUAUCUUAACUUUAUCAUUCUUUUAUUAUAAUUUCUUUAAAUACCUCAAACCGAAGACUUUAUUGAUGAAUGUUUUGUUUUACGCGUAAAAUUGUCACGUCCGACAGAUGCGUACGGUUUAAUCGUGAGAGUUGUACGUUGAAGGUCCAAGCAACGUUUACUUGGGUUUCCGGAAUCGAGGCGAGCAUAAUCUUUCACACUCUGCGAGUGUGAAAAGCUAGCAGUGUCGAGGAGGCGUUAAAAGAAAAGAGAAACAUGCGAAACAAAAAGACAUAUCGAACGCUUGUUAAUUCCGCUCUUCUUAGCCGCACGGCCGUACCUACUGUAGCCUGACGCGCUCGCUCGCUCGCUGCUUCUUUAUUUUCGAAUCAAUAUAACAAUUCUGACUUCCUCUCACAAAACGUAACACUAAUAUCGCGUAUCCCACAUCUCGAAUCAACAAAACCCCCGAAAAACAAAGUGACAACUUGGGAAAACUUAAAAUUCUUUGUUCUCGAACCUUUCCAGUAAAUCGAGGGAGACCAGUGUAACGCGAAAGGGAGGAGUUCUCGGACAAAUUUGAGGCGGUCGCUUAGCCAGCCACUGGGAAUCAAUCAGCUCUCACCGCUGAUGCGCGCCAAAACCGCAGGUAAGCACCGUCAUCGGUAUUUGCUCUGAUGCCUCUUAAUUUAAGAUAGACUUCGAGCUCUCUGACGUAGAUCACGUUCCUCUCGUCUUGUCUAUCAAGCACGCGCGUGGACCAUUCUCUUAUCGCGCCUGUGAAACGCGAGGCCGCACGUCUCUUCUCGAAUCAUUACUGAUUGAGAAGAGUUAUCAUAUCACUCGAGUUAAUCUUACAAUAGAUUAUUCUGAAUUAUUAAAAGAUACGUUAUACAAUUUAAUUAACGUAAUAUUUAUAAAUAAUAUUUAAAAAAUUGAGAUGGAAAGAGAAACGCGAAAGAACGAUACAGAAAACAAAAUUCUUUUUACAUCAUUUUUUUUUCAAGUAUAUACUCGAGAUAGAUGUUUUCGUGCGGUAACUGGAAUCGUUGGAGAGACAUGGAUUCAUGUCAGAACGCGUUUGCUGGGUAGAUAGAGUUUACACGCCAGUAGAAAAACCCUCGAUGAUAUCUAGUGCACCGUAUAUCACAGAGACCGCCAGUUUCUCUCUAGACAUCACCACGAAGAGUAUUCAGCAUGCAUUCCUCGUAAAGACAUUGUUGAGACAUUCACCCACAUCGUGUUGCCAUCGAAUGCACCCUCUUAAGAAAGAGAAAGAAAAAACGAGGGAGGAUAAUUGCGCGAGAGUAAGGAAUGGGACAUCCCUGUGUAAUAAUCGUCAUGCUCCGUCUCUCAUCCCUGUAAAAACGUUGCUUCGUGUGGAAACGCUUCUGUUUUGCGAUGAUAGUAAGGAGCCUGGCUUGCCGGAGAAGCUCUCGUAAAAGCGCUCUCUCUCGCACUUCUCGUCUCUCCUUCCCGCGCGAGAGAAAGAGACGCGACUUCCCGAGGGUGCGAUCAAUUCGCACGUAUGCGGGUUAACUGAAUACCGAGAGGGAGAGAUACUCCGGCGGGCUUGGUUACCUUCUCUCGAGGAAUCUCAUGAAAAUUACUGUUUCAUUCUUUUUCCGCUCACGCCGAGAGCUGCACGGUGGACGGUUUUUGGCCCGGGGGCUGAGACGUACUUGUUGUCCCAAUAACUUCCAGAGGGAUUCCUCCGACGAGCGUAAACGGAGCGAAAUGUCGUUUACGUUGUGGGACGCUUUGUGGGAAUCGAGUGUUUGUCGAUUGUUUUGCCCAGACGAAACAUUUGUAUUAAAGAUUAAGGAAUUAAAUGAACAGACAUUUCUUUAAGAAAGGCGAUUUUAUAUAUGUAUUCUUUUCUUAUAUUUUUAAUAUCCUCUCUGUAAUUUUGCAGAGAAUGGAAUUUGAAAUGUACCUCUAUCGAAAAGAUAACAGUAUUAUACAUGCUGAUUAAUUUCUAUUUAUCUUUUCACUUGCGUUUUGUUUAAAAUUUAAAUCAAUGGGCGAUUUAAAUCUGUGUAAGGGUAUGUGUUCUCCAUAUCCCUUUUUUUAUCUUUAUUACAAUAAAAUUCUAUUCCCGAAAAAAGUAGGCGCAAGAUUACCCGGUGGCAACGUGCUAUCAGAGGACGAGCAGGAUGGAAGAGCCGGAACAUCGGAAGACGACGAGAUGAUGUCCGAUUCCGAAUCUUCGAUCACUUCUUUGACGGAUAAGAAGAAAUCGUUUGAGCAGACGAUGGAUGAAGAAAUCGUCAUGUUGGCCGAGGCUGUUUGGGAUCAUGUGGCGAUGGAGCCGGAGGAGCUGGCUUUUCGCGCCGGGGAUGUCAUCGACGUCCUCGAUACACUGGACAGGGAUUGGUGGUGGGGCAGCUGCAGAGGAGAGCACGGAUGGUUUCCGGCCGCUUUUGUCAGGUUGCGCGUGAGCCAAGAAGAUACGGUGGAGGAUUGUCUGGCCGCGAUGGCCUCGGGAGGAUCCUCGGGUACUCAACUUAGAAGGCGGACGAGCGUCUCCCUGCUCUCGAACGAGCAAGUGAGGACCAGCGUGGUCCGCGAGCUCGUCCAGACCGAGCGCGACUUCGUCAAGGUCCUACGCGACGUGGCCGAGGGUUACAUCGCGGAAUGCCGCAGGCGCACGGACAUGUUUACCGAGGAGCAGAUCGAGACGAUCUUCAUCAACCUCGAGGAACUUCUAGACUUUCAGUCUGAAUUCCUGAAGGAUCUCGAGGACCGCAUCGACUGGAACGCGCCAUACAAAAGCUGCAUCGGCGAAUGCUUCCUCAAUCAUAGGGCGGGUUUUCGAAUGUAUUCCGAGUACUGUAACAGUCACCCAAUGGCCACGGCGACGCUGCAGGAGCUCUACCAUCACAAUCGUUAUAGCAAAUUUUUCGAGGCCUGUCGACUGAUGAGGGGUCUCAUCGAGAUCCCCUUGGACGGCUAUUUAUUGACGCCCAUCCAACGAAUAUGCAAAUAUCCCCUUCAAUUGGCAGAGUUACUGAAAUAUACGAAGACCGAUCAUCCGGAUUAUCACAAGAUCCAAGAGGCCUUGGAAGCGAUGAGAGACGUCGCGGUAUUGAUCAAUGAGAGAAAAAGGCGGAUGGAAAGUUUGGAGAAAUUGGCCGCAUGGCAAAUGCGCGUAGAAGGUUGGGAGGGUGAGGAUCUCAUAGAAGUUUCGUCGCAACUUAUUUAUCAAGGUGAUGCGAUGAGAGUGAAGACUGGCAUGUGGACGAAUAACAUCACAUUAUUUCUCUUCGAUCAUCAACUGGUCUACUGCAAGAAGGACAUUCUCAAGCGCGACACCUACGUCUACAAAGGUCGCAUCUAUCUCGACACCAGCGAGGUCAUUGAUGUGCCUGACGGAAAAGACCUUCAAUCAGGGGUGACAGUGAGGCAUUGCCUAAAGGUAUACAGCUGCGUCCGGGACAAAUGGUUGCUUUUCUGUUGCCGCACAGCGGAGGAGAAACGGCGGUGGCUAGCGGCGAUGGCCGAGGAACGAAGGCUAGUGGCUAAAGACAGAAACGACGGAUUGGAGUUUCCAGCAGCAGCUAGGCAGCUCGCCAGGCUUGCCGCUAACAGACAGCAGAACAGACCACCGAUCAAACCUCGCAAUGUUGCAGACAAAGCAUAUAAGAGGGAAUCGGCGUACGAGAUGCCAACGACAAUGGUCGGUCAAGGCACCACGAAUUCGCUGGGACGGAAGGUUGGGACCUGGUUCAUGUUUGGUAGCAGCAAGAAAAGCACGCGGCUUCAACCGUCCUGAGACAGGCCCACCUUCGUACCGUAUAUUGACCUAUAAAGCUGCGGCUAACGACGCUGCAUCGUCCUGUCGAAAUCCUGGCGCGAGAUACCCCGAUCUUGGUCGCUUCGAAACUUAGGAGCCUUUGCGAGCAGGCAUUUGAAUUCCAGUCAGGGUAAUACUGUUUAUUGUAUGUGACUGGUCGUGGAAAUUAUUCUCUAAGCAUCGAUGAACGAGCCACUAUGAUUUCGCUAGGAUUUCGUAGCACCGAGGAUGAACAGCGCGCCUCGUCAUAUGUACGGCACGAAGGUGUUUAGAUAAUUCAUAAGUAGAUUUUGUCCGACGAAGUAUACCUCUUCUUCUAAGGCAGGGAAAGUAAUCGCUAUCGAUUUUGUCGACCGAUUUUGAUCAUUGUCCAUGAACAGCGAUCCGCAAAAUAGAAGAAACUUCCAAUGAUUUUUCACUCACUGCCUCUCUCACAGAAAGCAGACGUUUCUCUCUAUCAAGCAGAUAUCAUCGUCCACUUUAGAUACUUGCAGACAAAAGUCGCUCAUUAUGCCUAACCAGGAUUUUGUGAGUCUUCGAAUCGGUGCUUGCCUAACUCUUAGAUCUUAAAGCAAUGUUCGAUCAUCUUCAACGUGACGUUACGAUGGUGCCCAGUCUGAGAAGCACCGUCCAAAGAAAGAACGUUUCGGAGAAGAAAAAUAUUUGUUAUGAGCUGAGAGAGGUGUAUAAUCGCUCUUGUAGAUAUUUGGCGUUAAAAAUUACCGUUAAUAAUAGCGGACACGAGAGUAGAUUAGGGAAGUAGAGACAUUUAGAGAAGUAGAUAGUCUAUAAAUGUAUAAAGUCAAUAGCGGGCUUCUGAAGUACUAAAGGGAAAGUACUAGUCAUUCGUCAUCGCGAAUUCUUGAUGAACGCCGAUGAAACAUGAUAUAUAUAUGAUAUAUUGUUACACGCGCAAUCGCUUUUUGGAUCGAAAAGCUGGCAUGGUACGUCACACGGCUGUAUUUUUUAUGAUAAUCGAAAGACUGACAACUGAGAUGCUUCCUCGGGAGGAAACCUUGAGGUUGUAAUCUUGAGAGAGAAAUGCGACGGGAUCGAUUAGGAAAUAUAUCUGAAUUGAAUUCGUUAAACGAGCUUCGCCUUUCGUCUAGAUUAUUUGAUCGUUAUUUCGAAAAUUAUUUUGUCGACCAAUUUUACGUACAACGAGAACUAAUAGCACGUACACAGUUCUACGCAAGCGUCAACAAGUUCGAUCACAAAAAUCUACAUGUUGAUUGAUUUCGCGAGGAAAUUCUGAUCGGCCGAUUCCGCACACCACUUUUCUCUCAACGAAAAUGUAGAUGUAUUUCGUAGAGAAAAUCUCCAGCGAGCUAUACAAGGUAACUCUUACUGCCUAACUAAUGUUCGUUAUUUCGCAUCGUAAUCAUAAUAUUUGUAGUAGUUUGUACGAAGUUGCGGACGACGGGAAGACAAGAAGACGAGAGGCUGAAACGCGAGGGCGAAGGAGAGAAAAAAAAAUGUUUAUGUUUACGCGAAACAACGCAGUAGCAUACAGAGGAAAAGAGGUGAUUAAAAAAGAUAUGUAAAUAUUCGCAUAUCAUGUCUCCUUACCCGACUGCGAUGUGAAUCGCCAAGCUUUUAAAAAGAAAAAAAAAGAUGGAAAAAGGAAGAAAAAGGAAAAGGGAGAAGAUCGCGAGAAUCUCUCUCAAGUUUUUCUACUCUUGUACAGAAAGAUGUAUGAAGACUUAGCAACGAGAAAAUAAUAUCUGUCAGCAGAAGAACCUCUGUGUUAAUAAUAUGUGCAUAUUAUCUAUGCGGUCCCUUGACAAAAUGUUCGAUCUUGCAGUUUUAAUGACUUAAUCACAGAUCCUGAAAGUUUUCAACACUGCCAAUAAGUUAAAAGAAAUAAGUCUUCGUUCGUUAGAAUUGUUUGGUUCGGUCUUUAAUAGAAAAAAGAGAUCGGUAUAAUUUCGAUUCUCUUUCUCUCUUUUUCUCUCUCUCUCUCUUAUAUACAGUAUAUAUACGAGGGACAAACGCGACUAUUCUGUCUUUUUGACAUUUAUGUCUAAAGGGGUGUAACACACGAGUAUGAGCGAGGCGGUAUUUACGUUUUUGUAUAAUACAUAGAAAGGUAUAUUUUUACUUAUUUCCCGACAACGUAAUUUACUAUAUAUGACGAGGACAAUAUAAUGAUAAAAGAAUGGAUCAAGAUUCCUACUGUACAGAGAGAUCAUUAGCCUGUUGAUGUUUAGACUUAGGAGAGGCGCAAAUUUGUUGCUGGACCCAACUCAUUUCAGAGUUAUUUUUAUAGGAGAAAUGACUCAUUGAUUGGAAUGUGAUUUUUUUUAUAAGUAUCGCUAUUAUACAUGGACUGCUUUAAUGGCCAACGUAAGUAUAAAGAAGAGUAACUUGUUAAUGAUAAGAUUGAUAAGUAGCGAGGGAGAUCCCGAGCAACACGGAAGUCUAAAAGAUAUCCUUCGGAGAAACGUCUUCUACAAGUUUUACAGGCGUCUCUUGACGACACUCGUGUUGUCUGCGGGACACAAUAUUGUGUAAUCCACAAGUAAGCACAACUUUUCACGAACAAUUCAUGAAACUGCACUUGCAACUCUCACGACGGAGAAGUAAUCGAAAUCCGUGAAAAUUCGUAUCUCGCAUUCACGAGCUCUCAUGCAUUGGCAGAUGAAUUACAUAUCUGACGCACUGAUUACUUUUUUACCUCGGAAAAUACUACCCUCUCCCCUUUCUUCUUUUCGGAAACCGUUAUUCUUUCAGAAACCGUCAAGCAAGAUCUGCACAAAACUCGAGGAAAUGCGCUUCAAAGCAAUAAAUCUUAAACUAAGCGUUAUUGUUAUGAUAAUUUAGGCUAUUACGUACAUAUAUAACGCAUUUAAAAACGCGAUUAUAUUUUCCCUGACAAUGAGAUUUGAUAUCGAUAACCGUGUGCGUACAUACUGAUGAUGAACUAAGCAGAGCUCUUUUUCCGUAGCGAGAUCGCGCUACGCGCUAACGAUGCAAGAGGAAAAGCAGCAGAGAUAACGCAUGAUAUCGCAAUGUUUUCUGUACAUAUAUAGACGUGUUUUGUAAGUGUAAAUACCGUAGACCUACUCUCUCGUUAGAGAAAAUAACUUCAACACGUUUUGUAGCGACUAAGUGAAACAUACUGUUAAGCUAUAUAUCUGACGUUCAUAUAGUUGAUUACUAAUUAAACGGUGAUAUCAUUUUGUAUAUUUGUAUAUCUCUUUAAUUUAAUCAUCUUGAGGAUUAUUUGUCAUUGCGAGAUCGAUUGUUCGUAUUAUAAUUAUUGUUUACGACAUGUACAAUAGAAUGUUAUACAAUAUGAUUGUCAUUGUUUCCAAAUACAAGCACAUACAUAUAUAUCUAUAUUUCUAUAUAUAUAUAUAUGUAUAUGCUGAGUUACAUAUAUGUAAAUAAA